AGAGGCCUCGUCGUAGAAACCCUUUUCUCCUGCACAUACGCACUGCGCAGCUCCUCUUGCACGCUCGGGGUUAGCUUCGCUGUCUCUGUUUUGCAGAUCAGAUUCCACCCGUUCUCAACGACAGGGAUUGGAUAAUUUGUGGACCGACCCUUGAAGUUAGAAUUGAUUUCUUAAUCCUGUAAAGCUCUUUGUUGCGGCAAGGGGGGGGGGGUGAUUACUGUGUGGCAUUGUGGCAUUUUAGUGGUGCGUGGGUUUGUGAGCUCGAGUUUCGCGGGUUGAUUUCGGUGUCGUGCAGAAAUCAAGUCACGAUGACAGAGACUACUAUUAGAGGCCAUAAGGGGAUGACGAGCGUAAAGGAGAUGUCCGUGUUGCAGGAUGGACCUCCUCCUGGUGGCUUUCCUGCUGUGCGAUACGCUCGAAGGAUUGCCAAUACAGGUCCUAGUGGAGUGACCGUGCUCCUUGUCUCCUCAGCUAUCAUCAGCUGGGGAAUGUACCAAGUUGGCCAGGGCAACAUCUAUCGCAGGGGUUUGAAGGCUGAGAAAAUUGCAGCAAGACAAGCUAUUUUGCCUCUUAUUCAAGCCGAGGAGGAUGCAAGGUUUGUUAGGGAAAAUAACAAGCUUUUAGAAGAGGAAGCUAAGGUGAUGGCUAAUGUGCCAGGCUGGAAGGUGGGCGAAAAUGUAUACAAUUCUGGAAGAUGGAUGCCUCCAUCCUCUGGCAAACUGGGUAUGGACUCAUAGUGGGAAUCGAAUAGAUCUUCGAGUUGUGUCUCAGCUUAUUUUUGCUCAAAAUACCUGGCGGUUUUUUUUAAAGAUUUCCCUGGUCUUACAAGGGUUGCGUACCUAAGAAAUUUUGUACGCACAUUAUUAGCAGGAAAGAUCACCCAGAGAUGAGGAUUGUCAUUCUUCCAGAGGAUAGGUCAUGUGGAUGCAAGGCAUUCUUGGUUGCUUUGUACAAUUAUCAGAAUUGUGUUUCUAUUUGUUCACUCAGCUCCUUCUUGAAAACCAUUUCUCGGAUGACAUCUUAUUUGGAGUCUUCAUCUCA